UCCAAUUAUCGAUACAUUUUGGCCCAUUUUUAACCUACCUUCUUCACCAACUGAAAUAACCGUCCUCGUCUCCAAUUUGCAGAGUGAUAGAAUCACAGUUCGUUGAUGGCGGCGCGGCCGGUGUUUCUCCGGCGAAAUAAAUUCGCCGUCAGUUUUUGCACUCACAGCCCCGCUAACUAUAAUUCUACAUCUCUAAAACCCCUAUCUUCGGAUUCAUUUCUGCUCGAAAAGAUUCUGUGGGCUUUAAAGAAAGGUCAGUCGAUCAACAACCAUUUACUUUAUCAGCUGAAUCCAUCAACGUAUGCCCAAAUUCUUUAUGAAUUACGUCAUGAUUUUCAUAUUGGCCAGAAAUUUAUUGAUUGUGUCGCAAUGAAUUGCCCCAAUUUUAAGCACUCAUCGUUGUCGCUGAGCACGGCUAUACAUUUGUUGGUGAAUAGUAAAAGGGUUUCUGAUGCGCAGGCUUUAAUAUUGAGGAUGAUUAGGAGGAGUGGGGCUUGUAGAGCUGAGAUAAUCGAUUCAAUGUUAGCGGCUUAUGAGAAAUGUGGCUCAAGCUCUAAUUAUAAUGUUUUUGAUUUAUUUAUUAGGACUUUUGUGCAAGCUAGGAAGUUCAGGGAAGCGGUUGAGGUGUUGUAUAUGUUGAGAUUGAAAAAUGUUUUUGUGUCUAUCAAUGCAUGUAAUAGCCUUCUUGGUGGGCUUGGUAGGAUUGGGUGGGUUGAUUUGGCGAGGGAGGUUUAUGACAAAGUGGUGAGGGAUCGAGUGGAUUUGAAUGCGUACACGCUCAACAUCAUGGUGAAUGUGUUCUGUAAGGAUUGUAAGAUCAAGAAAGCUGAGGAGUUUUUAGUGGAAAUGGAGAGAAGAGGGAUUUUCCCGGAUAUUGUGACCUAUAACAUUUUGAUCAAUGCUUAUUGUGGUGAAGGGAAUGUUGAGAAUGGUCAGGAGUUGAUGAUGCAGAUGCAAGCUAAGGGUUUGGAGCCGAGUCACUUGACUUAUAACUCGAUUAUCAAUGGUUUGUGUAAGCAUGGGCAUUACGAGAGAGCAAAGAAUGUUGUGAACAAGACGAUGAUGGAGAAUGGGCUAAGUCCUGAUACUUCCACUUAUAACAAAUUGUUGGUGGAGUGUUGCAGGAGAAAUAAUUGGGUGGAAGCUGAGAGCAUUUUUCGUGAGAUGUUGUGUCGUGGUGUUGUCCCUGAUUUGGUAAGUUACAGUUCGAUGAUUGGGAUUUUCUCAAGAACUGGGGAUCUGGAUAGGAUGAUGUCUUAUUACAAGAAGAUGCAGUUCAAUGGCCUGAUACCUGAUAAGAUUGUUUAUACAAUCCUGAUCCGUGGAUUCUGUAGUCGUGGUGCAGUAUCAGAUGCCAUGAAGGUGCGAGAUGAAAUGGUGAAACGGGGCUGCCAGAUGGAUGUAGUGACUUACAACACCAUCUUGAGUGGCUUAUGCAAAGGGAAGAUGCUUCCUGAGGCGGAUGUGCUCUUCAACGAGAUGGUGGAAAGGGGCGUGUUUCCUGAUUUCUGCACUUACACAACUCUGAUAGAUGGAUAUUGCAAGGUGGGGAAUGUGGAGAAAGCAGUGAGCUUGUUUGGAUCUAUGCUUGGUAGGAAUCUAAAGCCUGAUGUGAUUACAUACAACUCUUUGAUUGAUGGAUUCUGCAAGGCUGGUGAGAUGGAAAAGGCAAUGGAGUUGAGAGAUGACAUGGUUUUUAAAAUGAUACAUCCCAAUUAUAUCACAUAUGGUACUCUAAUUAAUGGAUUCUGUGAACGCGGUUAUGUAUCUGAGGCAUUUAGGUUGUGGGACGAGAUGAUUGAUAAAGGCAUCGAGCCCAACAUGGUUAUAUGUAACUCUCUUAUCAAGGGCUAUUGCAGGCAUGGCGAUCCGGGGAAGGCUCUCGAGUUUCUGAAGACGAUGAAGUUAAGAGGGCUCGUCCCUGACUCUUUCACUUACAACACUCUCAUUCAUGGAUUUAUGAAAGAGGAGAAUGUCGAUGUAGCUUUUGAGUUGGUGAAUCGAAUGGAGAAAGAAAGUAGUGUUUCACCUGAUUUAGUCACCUAUAAUGCUAUCCUGGAUCAGUUCUGUAGACUUGGUAGAAUGCAAGAAGCCAAUUCAGUAUACAAGAAGAUGAUUGGAAAAGGCAUCAGCCCUGAUCGUACUACGUAUACAUCAUUGAUAAACGGUUAUGUCUCACAGGAUAAUUUGAAGGAAGCUUUUAACCUCCAUGAUGAGAUGCUGAAAAGGGGUUUCAAGCCUGAUGAUAAGUUUUGAUGUGUAUGUGAGAGUGUUACAUUUUGAUGGCCACGACAUCAUUAGGCUGCAUGUUGAUCGACUAAUGAAGGCAUAUUUUGCAGGAAAUUGUGUGGAAUCAACUUGAAGAUGAAGAUGAAGCAUGACAGAUUAGGGUUUUCCUCCAAGAAUGCUUGAGUCAGGAUAGGCUUUAAUUAAGGCAGGAAAUGCUUCAUCUUGUUAUGAUGGGAAACAUAGCUUCUGGCAAACUCUGGCAAUCAUGUUGCUGAUCCAAGUCUUGCUGCAUUUGAUCAUUGUACAUGCUAGGAGGCCAUAAUCCAGUUUGUAAUUGAUGCCAUCCGAGCUGAAGCUUUCAACCCAAAGACCCUGUUUCUGAUUGGCGGCCAUACCAUUGGGAAAGAAAGGGUGUUUGUAGAGGUUGCUAGAGCACUCCACGAGAAAGCCUAUGUCACUGCUGCAAAACUACGCAUCUUGGAAUGUCUUGGUUUUGCACAGGAAGAUAUGCAAUGGUUUACCAAAAAUGCACAUGAGAGCCACAUUCGCAUCGUUCCCAUGUGGAGCAUCGCUAGUUUCAAGAGACUAGACCAUAUGUCUAAACAUUACAUGGGUCGAUUUAGUCUGAUGGUUGCAUUUUUCGCCUACUUGUUGGCCGUUUGGCAAAGGAAAGAAGUCGACUGGAAGAAGGUGGCAGAAGGGCACCAUAAUAACGUGCGAGGUACCAUACAGCAAGCGCAGCAGCUUCACGGAGCUGAAGGAGUUUGUUAAAUUCGCAUCUCCUGCAAACAUCUUCCCAAGUGUGAAUAAUCACAGCCCGGAUUCGCAGAAUUCAAUGGUCUCCCAGCUCUUGUCUUAAAACACACUCCAAAUUCAAAUGUAAGCAAACACAUCCACAUCCUAGCUACUUCAUGACAUUGAUCAACCAUGCAAAAUACAGUCAAUAUAUAUGUAAAGAUGCAAGAGUCAUCAUCAGAUCUUGUUCAUAAUUAGUUACUCUACGUUGAUGUCUUUGCUUGGUUCUUUUUCAAUAAGAUAUAGUAAUAUUUUUAGCUA